UCUUUCUGAGAGCUUUUCAAGCAUCCCGGAGAAACUCUCCCAGAUUCCCAGCCGAACGCAGCAGUACUUCCUCAACGUCCAGAACCGCCUCAACAGCCUUAUGCCUCAAGAUGCCUAAGAAACAACAGCAACAACAGCAAAAACAGAAGCAAGACAAGAACCAGCACGAUGUUGAACUGAACCGGCUCGUCCGACACUCCCCUCUCCCUCCUCCUCACCAUCCUCAGCUCCGGUCCCGCUCCCCAUCUCCAUCCUCCCCCAACGGCAGCGCCCUCGAAUUGCCCAACGUGCCGUCCUACCCACGGCUGCCGCCAAUCGUCAGCCCCCCAUCAAAUCAGCUCAACUCACCAUCCCACCAGCUCUCAGGUCUCUCUAACCCGGCCUUCUUCAUUGAAGAUGACUCAGGCAUUUCAGCAAUAAGAGCCGCAGAGAGCUCUAGUCUCAGCCUGCGUCCAGCUGUCAAUGUAGAGGAUGUUGACUCAGACCAUGAGAGAGCAGGGGAAGGAGGAGCAGGAGGAGGAGCAGGAGGAGGAGGAGGAGGAGAUAGGGAGGAUAAGAGCAAUAUCCCCAAAAUCCUCACCCCCCAGGACCCCAAACUUACAACCCUCACUGUCCCUGUGACCCCUUCCGGAGGUCGUCAAAGUAAAGGAGAUAAAGAUAGUGGAAGGAAUCAUAGGACUAUCUGGACGAAGAUUAGGACCAUUCACUCUCAAAGUGAAGAUGAUGAUGAUGAAGGAAGCAUCCCUGUCAGAGCCUGGCCAAGCCAAUCCAGCCUGCACAGCUCAGACGACAUGAAAGAACGGCCAACAUCUUCAGCCAGUCAGAACAGUACAGUGGUGAACGAGCGUCUUCAGGAGCUGGUCCGGAUGUUCAAAGAUAGAACGGAGAAGGCGAAGGAGAAGCUCAUCGACCCGGACAGCUCAGAUGAAGAUAGCAUCAUCCCCUCUCCUCCUCAGACUUCGGCUCCUCAGCCUGGAGCUCAGCCAGUGGACGGAGGAGAGAAAGAGUCACAAGCAGGUCCAUCAGGAGGAGGAGGAGGAGUGGAGAGUGGGACAGAGGAGGAGCAGUCUAGCCGCUGGUUCAAGGGGAAAACUCCACGGUGGAUACAAGCUUGUGUGCACUACCACUUCCCUGCCAGCAUCGACCCCUUCACCAACUUGAUGUACGUGAUGUGGAUGUUUUUGGUCUCUCUGGCGUGGAACUGGAACGCGUGGUUCAUCCCAGUACGCUGGGCCUUCCCCUACCAGACUCCAGACAACAUUUACUACUGGCUGCUGACCGACUAUAUGUGUGACCUCAUUUACAUCCUGGACAUCACCAUCUUCCAGCCGCGCCUGCAGUUUGUUCGUGGAGGGGACAUAGUGUGUGACAAAAAAGACAUGAGGAAGAAUUACAUGAAAACCAAACGCUUCAAAUUUGACGUAGCCAGUCUUGUUCCCCUGGAGCUCUUCUAUUUUAAAACUGGCAUCAACCCUCUGCUUCGCUUACCCAGGCUGCUGAAGAUCAAUUCCUUCUUUGAGUUUAACGAGCGUCUAGAGGCCAUCUUGACCAAAGCCUACAUCUACAGGGUGAUCCGCACCACCACCUACCUCCUUUACUGUCUCCACUGUAAUGCCUGUCUGUACUACUGGGGCUCUGCCUUCACAGGACUAGGAUCGACUAAGUGGGUGUACAACGGCGAGGGCAACAGUUACAUUCGCUGUUACUACUUUGCUGUGAAGACCCUGAUCACCAUUGGUGGUCUGCCAGAUCCCACCACCCUGUUUGAGAUUGUCUUCCAACUCAUCAACUACUUUGUUGGAGUCUUUGCCUUCUCUAUCAUGAUUGGACAGAUGCGUGAUGUGGUUGGUGCAGCCACAUCAGGUCAGACCUACUACCGCACAUGUGUGGAUAACACCAUAAAGUACAUGUCCUCCUAUCGCAUCCCUAAAGAAGUGCAAAACCGUGUCAAAACCUGGUACAACUACACCUGGCAAUCACAAGGCAUGCUGGAUGAGCAGGACCUGCUAACUCAGUUGCCAGAUAAAAUGCGUCUGGACAUUGCUAUUGAUGUCAACUACUCCAUUGUCAGCAAAGUCGUUCUUUUUCAGGGUUGUGACAGACAGAUGAUCUUUGACAUGUUGAAAAGCCUACGCUCUGUUGUCUACCUGCCGGGGGAUUAUGUCUGCAAAAAAGGCGAGGUGGGUCGGGAGAUGUACAUCAUAAAGGCAGGGGAGGUGCAGGUGGUCGGAGGACCGGAUGGGAAGACCGUGUUUGUCACUCUCAGAGCAGGAUCAGUCUUUGGAGAGAUCAGUUUGCUUGCAGUAGGCGGGGGUAACAGGCGCACAGCAAAUGUAAUCGCUCAUGGAUUUGCCAAUCUCUUCAUCCUGGACAAGAAAGACCUGAAUGAGAUCCUGGUCCACUACCCAGAGUCCAAGAAACUGCUCCGCAAGAAGGCCAGGAAGAUGCUUACCAAGGGAAAGAAACCUGAGCCCAAAGAAGAACCUAUGGGUGCUGCUCAGGUGCCUGCAGCCGCUGUUAGACCGGAAACCCCCAAACUGCUGAGAGCAGCGUUGGAGAUGACAGAGAGAUCCACUGGACUUAAAGGAGCUCUGGCUAAAGUCAAAGAGAAGACCAACAAGUCCAGUGUCUCAUUACAGCCCUCCAUCUCCUCCUCCCUUCCUCCUCCGUCUCCCACCUCCAGCUCCGGACCUGACAGAGACGUGAACACACCCUCACCGCUCUCCUCCAGCUCCGCAACGUUUCGCUCUGCCUCCCGUUGCCAUAACAACAACAACAACAACUCUGUGAUGCCUCACUCUGCAUCACAGGGCCACUGUGACGUGGACGAAAUACUCGCCAUAGACCAAAGAGAGGAGGGCGUCAGCGAGGCUGAAGGGAACGAGGGUGGGAAGAGGAAAGAAAAGAAGUUGUGAUAAUUCUUUAAAGGAGAGAAUAGAGGAAUGUCUGAUAUAAAUGAACAGAAUGGUGAAAUGAAAGAGGAGCUGUUGUAAAUGAACAUGUACAAAACUGUCAUGUCUUGAUGUCAGCCUGGUCUUCUGUAGGAUUACUUCAUCACAAACAUAUCAAGGCAGUACUGUAUUCCACUCUGACCCAUACUUACCCAUUGUGUACAUUAUAACCUACAGCCCACUGUAUUUUGUCACUUUUGUGACGAAUAUCAUCGACAUAGACUCUCUGCUCAUUUUUAUUCUCCCAUUGCUUUGCAGUAUUCUUUCAACCCUCACAUCUUUACUCAUCACAUUAUUAGACCAUAAUGUAGAAGCAAGCCAUUCCUCACCUCUUCAGAAUAAGCCCAUGUUGAUCAUAUAGUUUACAUGAUGAUGAUGAGUGGAUUCUGCGCGGGAUGGCGUAGUUAAGCCAUAAGUGAACUUCUUGUCUUUCUAAAACAAAUGUUUUUGCUGUUGUUGUCUGCUGACUGUUCACAGAUUCUCUUGUCAACUUGAAAGAACAAUUUGCCUUAUCUGUUUUGUCAUUGACCUUUGUGUUGUGUUGGUGUGAGUAGCUUGGACUGCAGAUAUUUGUACAGGUUGGUUUGAACAACAGCACAGACCAAGUGAAUCUGUAUGUUUUCUUUUGUUUGUUUUGUAAAAUAAUGUAAAUAUAUCUGUUUUUUGAAAUUUAGCUGAACUACACUCUCUCGGUAAUGUAAAGUCCCUUGAUGCUUCGCAGUGUCAUGACAUGUACAUACAGUACAUUGUAAUAAUGCUAAAUGUUUAAUCUGUGCUGUAAAUGGGUUUAGGACCCAGUAAUGUCAGGUUUAUUAUUUUUGUAUAGAUGGUUUGAUUAUUGAUACAGCCUCAGAAAACGGGCCUAUAAACCAGCUAACCAUACUGCCGGACAAUCUGUAGAUAGGAUAAUCUAUGUUGUUUCUUCUUUAUGGUUUGUGUAUGUGUGUGUGUGUGUGUGUGUGUGUGUGUGUGUGUGUGUGUGUGUGUGUGUGUGUGUGUGUGUGUGUGUGUGUGUGUGUGUGUGUGUGUGUGUGUGUGUGUGCAUAAUAGACUCAAUUGUGUGUUUAAUAAAUCCCUUAA